AUGCCCUUUGCUCAGUUCCUGCUCAAUGAUCUUUCAAUUCCGGUUGAAGACCGACAACAGGCCGUCAACCGCAUCUAUGCGGAUCCAGGUAUCCCCCGUGAUACCACAACCUCGUCCUUUUGGACGCAAACUCCACACCCGCAGUUUGCGCAGAGUUCUGGUCAGCCUCUGUCAUCUAGUGCUGAUGUCGUUAUCAUCGGCUCAGGGAUAACAGGUGCGUCUAUUGCACGCACGCUUCUCAAAAGCCGUGCCAAACCUGCGUCUUCAAAUCAGGCACAUCCGGCUGUCGUCAUUCUUGAAGCCCGGGGCAUCUGCAGUGGUGCCACUGGUCGGAAUGGUGGCCAUAUUAUGGAGACUGCGGAUGGAUAUGCUGAGUUGGCCGAUGUCUAUGGGGAUGAAACGGCGCGCAAGACCAUUCGCUUCCGGUUAGCACAUUUGCGGGAGAUGCUGGGCGUGGCAGAGGAACUUGGUCUCACGGAGGAGACUCAGGCACGACAAGUACAGUUUCUGAGUGCCUUCUUCGGCGAUCAGCCGUGGAAGGAUGCCUUAGAGAGGCUUCGACGUUUCAAGGAGGGCAUGCCCGAGGAAUCGGCAGACUGGACAACCUAUGACCGAGCUUCAAUGCCAGAUGAAUUCAAGCUCUCAAACGCAACAGGGAUAAUCGCAGGUCCCGCUGGUGCCCUGUGGCCCUACAAGUUCGUCACGGGUAUUCUGGCCAGACUGCUCGCAGACUAUCCAGAUGAAUUCCAAGUCAAUGACCACACAGCGGUUACAUCCAUUGGAACCAACUCCACUUCAACUUUCAAAUACAAAGUUUAUACAAGUCGUGGAAUUAUUUCCGCUCGACACGUAAUUCAUUGCACAAAUUCUCACGUCAGCCACCUAGUGCCCGGUCUACGAGGCAGGAUAUUUCCCGUGCGAGGCCAAAUGUCCGCCCAAACGCCAGGCGACAAGUUCCCCUUCCAAGCAUACAAACACUCCUGGCUCUUCAGCUACCAUCGCGGUUUCGACUAUCUAACUCAACUCCCGGGAGGGCAGAUGAUGUUGGGAGGAGGAUUCGCUCAAGGCCAGCUCGGUGGACUCGCAGAUUUGGGCAUAGCCAGAGACGACGAGCUAUGCAUGUACAAUGAUAUUCAUCUUUCUGGGGCUUUGAGUGCAGUCUUUGGCCGAGACUCCUGGGGCCGUGUGCAAGGUGACCCGGUGCAGGCGAUGUGGACGGGCAAUAUGGCAUUCAGUACAGACAGUUUCCCGUGGGUGGGACAAUUGCCAACCUCGGUGACAAAUCGGUCAUCUUCAGGUGAGGGAGUUGGAGCUGAGUGGGUUUGUGCUGCAUUUGGUGGGGAUGGGAUGGUCCAGUGUUGGUUGUGCGGCAAGGCUUUGGCUACUAUGCUGCUCUUGCAGGAUGGGACACUAGACCCUGCUUCUAAUGCGGAUCUUUCUUGGGUUCCAGAGCAAAUGCUCGUUUCUGAGAAGCGUGUUGCUGCUGCCGAGCUGCCGAGGUAUGUGAAUAGUACCCGCCAAGCGCAUCUAUAG